AUGACGUCAACAGCCGAUCGAUAUGGGGAGACAUCGCUGGAGAUGACAGAGCAGUUAAUGAAUAACAGAGAGUGUGAUGUGUCUGACACUGAUGUAACUGACACGGAAAGUGGGGAUGAUGGCGUGCUUAUACGAGAGUUGAAGCCAAUGCUGAAUGACGUCACCCAAAAUGGAGCAUCUGAACAGAACAGGCGUAAACGAAUUGCGAACUUCAUUUACCAAAAUGGAAUACAGCAAAAAGCAGAAAAUCACGGUACACGGAAUACACAGUCAUUUGGUGAUAUCGAAUUUGUUGGAUUUGGACAGAAUAUUAAGAAGUCACCGUAUAUUCGUGUGGAUAAUAACACGGAACCAACACUCAUAUGGGAUCUUCUUAUUAAUCAAUGGAAGAUGGAUAAACCUAAGGUUUUAAUAUCAGUAACUGGUGGAGCCCAUGAUUAUCACUUCAAAUCAAGAUUGAAAACCUUAUUUAAGGAAGGGCUGAUUAAGGCUGCAGUCAGUACAGGUGCGUGGAUUAUAACACGUGGUAUAGAUGCUGGAGUCAGUAAAAUAGUCGGUGAGGCAAUCAAGGAGGAACACACAGAGAUUAUGGCGCUAGGAAUGGCAGGCUGGGAUAGCAUCGACAACAAUGCAGCCCUACAUGGCCAUACGUCUGAUGGUAAGUGGCCUGCCAAAUAUGGUGCAAGUGAACUGAGUCACGACAAGCCUGCAUUGGACUGUAACCAUACACAUUUUAUCUUAAUGGAUCAUGGCAGAGAAGAGCUUGGUUACCAACUCGAUGUCAGGGAUAAUUUAGAGCAAUAUAUUUCAGAACUUCCUGUCAAAGAUGGUGAAGAAAUAAAUCAUAUACCCGUGGUACUAGUUGUAAUCGGAGGGGCUACAAAGACCAUCGCAAAAGUAUAUAAAUCAUUGAUGCCCGAAGAUGGCCAAGCAAUACCCGUGGUUGUUGUUGAUGGUAGUGGCAGGGCAGCUGAUCUUGUCGCUAAAGCACUGAGAAUAACAGAGGACGAACCAGACGAACAAAUUAGAGAUAUAAUCAAAGAUGAACUGGCAGAAGACAUACGGAAAGUGCUUUUAAAACCAGAUACUGCUUUGAAUAUUUCUGCUGUGAAUAAAUGCAUUGACACGUUGGCCGAGAUCGUCAAUUCACAAAACAGAAGUAUGAUGACAGUAUUUGAUAUGCAUACAUCGUUCAUCAAGGACAUCGAUAGAACUAUUCUGUGUGGUUUAUUGAAAGCUAAACAUGUGCGUGAAGAUAUAAAGUCACAGCUACAUUUAGCCAUGAGAUUAAACCGAUGUGACAUCGCUGAGACAGAGAUAAUCACGGCUGAUAGAAGAACAGAAUGGAAGAAUUUACAUUUCGAGGAACAUAUGGAGACUGCUUUAAUUCAAAACAAAGUGGACUUCGUCACUCUGUUUUUGGAGCAUGUAAUCCAAUUAGAAACAUUCUUGACAAUUGCCAGACUUCACGCUUUAUACACGAAAAUUAUUAAAGCACGGUAUGCAAUUGCUGGCAGAUUAAGUACAAAACACAUUCUCAAACGGUUAUUGAAAGGAAAAGAAGACAAGGUAUAUCUGCAGGCAAUUGGUCGAUUGUGUCAGGAAUUUCUAGAAGAUGAGUUUGAUGUUCUAUAUCAAGAUGACAAGUACGUAGUUGAUGACUCGAUAGUGACGAGUCACGUGUCUAGAUCCAAAAAGAUAGAUUUCCAACAUUCUGAUAAAGACCUCUUAAUCUGGGCUGUAUUAACUAAUCGAAGAGGAAUGGCAGAAUUGUUUUGGAGAAGGCUGACAAUUGGCAAUAUAGGUUCAGCUUUAAUCGCUGCUAGAAUAUUGACGGCUCUUGCCAAAAAAGCCAAUAUUGAAGAGAGUACGUUAACCCAUGACCUGGAAAACCAUGCGGACGCAUUUGUGAAGUUUGCCAUAGGAGUCAUCGACCAGUGUUACGAGGACAAUAAGAGAUGGGCACAGCUUACAUUGGUUCGCAAAUUGAGUGUGUGGGGAAACACAACUUGUUUAUCUAUUGCAUAUUCUGGCCAAAAAAUGAAUUUUCUGGAGCACGAGUGCUGCCAAACUAAGAUGGAGCGUACCUGGAAAGGAAUGAUACAAAUGAAUCUGUUUGAACAGAAAGCAAAGGUUGCCUACAUCGUGAUGCUCUUAAUGUUCAGCUGGUUUCUCCUGACUGAUUUAAGACCAUCUGGUCUGCCAAACUCACCCGGCGUCAUAGAAUAUGUAGUCAUGAUAUGGAUUUCUACGUUGAUUAUCGAAGAAUUGAGACAGCUCAGAGAUCUUUUACAUUUCGUGGUUAUAUUAGUGAUAUUUCUAUUGAGCUUUGGUUAUGCUACUCAGGCCCUAUUAACACCAAACCAAGACCCACAUAUAUCUGUUCUCUGGACCUCACUUUAUCGACCACACUGGCAACUUUAUGGAUGGCUAUUCCUAGAUGAAAUUGAAGACCAAGUGACCAAUGAGACAUGCUAUUACAAUGGGGAGCAGGUAAACGGUACAUUCAAUGGUACAGCGAUGUGUGUGGAUACACAAAUGUACGGAUGGGUUAUCCCAUUGUUAAUUGCCAUCUAUUUGAUGAUUGCUAAUAUAUUACUUAUCAACCUAUUAAUUGCUAUGUUCAGUUACACCUUUCAGAAUGUGCAAGAUAAUUCUAUGACAAUCUGGAGGUUUUUUCGCUGCCAGGUAAUCGCUGAAUAUUUUGAGAGGCCGACACUGGCACCCCCUUUUAUCAUACUCAGUCAUGUAUAUAGACUUGUCAAAUUUGCAUAUCAAAAGAUGAGACUACGAUAUAAUCUGAAAUAUCCGGGAAAUAGAACAAACCAAGAAAUACGAAAUGAAAAUGAUAAAAGACAAUCACAUGCACUGAAUGUGUGUUUGGAUGAAAAAGAGGAACAUUACAUCAACAGUUUUGAGAAACGAUGUAUGGAGAAAUACUUUUCUAAGUUACGACAAGAAGAUAUUCAGUCUAUUGAAAAUACUGUUUCAUCUAAUGCUGACAGAUUGGAAGAAGUAAAACAACAAGUAGAAGAAUUGAAGGAAGCGAUUGAAGACAUUCCCAUGGCAACAGAACUCCCUAGCAACAGUUCUACUAUUUCAACACAGAAUGAACGGACAGACACAGAAGAGAAAUUAUUACAAUUUAUGUCACAAUUAAAUGAAAGAAUGGCCAAACUGGAAGAAAAUAUUGGCCAUUCACAUAGACUAGUAUAA